ACGAUAAAUACAAAAAACAUGGCUGUCCAGGCUCUAUGGUCUCGUGGAUGCCACCAAGACAGCAAACUUGAUUUGCAUUGUACUGUCACUGAAACGAACUGUCUUACUCCUUCUGUCAGCAUUUUAAUCGCAUUUUUGGGAGUUUAAGUUUGAAAUAAUAAAAUGAGCGGGUGGGCUGGGUUUUCGGAAGAGGAACUGCGGAGAAUGCAGCAAAAAGAACGUCGUCGUUACAGACUCUGUGAUAGCAAGUCAGAGCAAACUACGACCGCCCAGCCGGAAUCGGCAACAAUUACAAAGAAAGAAGACGUUGGAGAGAGCCGCUCAGGCAUGCGCUGGUUUCAUGUCUCUUGAACUUCCACCGGAGCAGCAGCUCAAUAAGAUGCCAUCGAAGGGUGAGCAUGAUCUUGAGCACAUUGCACCAGGAAGUCCGUCUGAGAAAAGCAAUGCGCAGGAGACUCUAAUCGAGGAAAAGACGCAAGACAACUGUAAAGAAGCAGCAGAGAAGCGAACUCUGGUCGUCAAGGAGCUUGAGAAACAAGAGGUUGAACUUCGAGAGAAGAAUCGCCUGGAGCAACUGCAACGGGAACAAAAGAUUAUAGAAGAAAGGAAUAAGCGCAAGAAGGCUCUGCUUGCAAAAACUAUAGCUGAAAAGUCCAAGCAAACUCAAGCUGAAGCUGUGAAGCUGAACAGAAUCCAGAAUGAGCUGCAAGCCCUUGAUGAGAUGGUUUCCAGUGACAUCGGCAUUCUCAGAGGAAAGAUCGAACAAGCUAGCUGGGACUACACAACUGCCAGAAAGCGGUAUGACAAGGCAGAGACGGAGUAUGUCGUGGCCAAGUUAGAACUCCAGAAGAAAACAGACAUGAAGGAGCAGCUGACAGAACACCUUUGUGCUAUCAUCCAACAAAAUGAGCUACGCAAAGCCGUCAAGCUAGAAGAACUGAUGCAGCAGUUGCAGCUCGAGGCCACUGAGGAGGAGCUCGGAAGGCAGAACGUUGAAGACAACAACGUGAGGAGCUUUGAAUUGCAAGGACGUGUGAAAGUGCAGCAUGGUGUCUCGGAGAGUCAGGAGGCAACAGUGCAGUGGACAUGCACAGAGGAGGAAAGUCAGAAGAAGGACGAUGGCCUCCAGCUGGAGCACCAAUUGAGUGAUGAAUUCCAGCCUGAGCAGAAUUUUAAAGCGGAAGUAAAAAAGUGUCGUCAGGAUCAACAGUUGGCUCAGACAUGAGACAUUGUCCAUUCCUCAAAGAGGGAGUCAUAAACACAACAGCAUUGUAUGAUUUUCAGAUUAUAUUUACAUGUUCAGAGUGUCACGGUGGGCAACUGCUGAGCACGUCCGCCUCACAGUGCGGAGAUGUGCAGGAUUUGAUUCUGGCACCGGCCUUCCUGUGUGGAGUCGGCAUAUCCUUCCCGUCCCUGCGUGGGGUUUCUUCGGGUACUCCGGUUCCUCCCACAUUUCCAAAAAAGAUGUAUGGCAGCUUAAUGGAACUCUCUAAAUUGUCCCUCGGUGUGAUUGUGAGUGUGAAUGGUAGUUCGUCUAUGUGUGCCCUGCGAUUGGCUGGAAACCGGUUCGGGGUUUCUCCCGCCUAAUACCCGAAGAGAGCUGGGAUAGGCUCCAGCAUGCAGCGCGGGCCCUGUGGAUAAAGCGGUUCGGAAAAUGAAUGAAUGAAUGGAUUGCUAAUUAUGGCCAAACUGACAGGCAUAUGGCCAGAGGAGAAAAAUAGCAAAUUUGUGAGUUUUUCAGCAGGGUUCCAAAAACAAAAUUGGCGGAUCACGAAUAUCAAGGAAGUACUGUCCAAUAUUUAUUAUAUCUGGAUUUGAUACACAACUU